UAAAAAGCUGCCAUCUCCAGACUUGCCUAUAUUAGAGAAGGUAAAUCUUUCCUCUUUUUAAAACUUCUAUUCUUGAUGUGCAAUGCUGUUGCCUCGCAUAAAUACUUUUCGGCAUAUCAAAGAACCAUCAUUUUGUACUAAUAGAGGCCCCAUGUCGUCGUUUUCAGGAUCUUCUAGUUCGCUAGACACCAUGUUUAAUCGCAGUAAUUUCUCGAUGUUAACCACUGCCGCCCCCAGUAUGACUAUGACUCCGAUUAGUCCGGUGAUGUCUGGCAAACAGACACUUAGUGAACAGGCCUUUUCUAAGGCAUUAGCCAUCUCACUUCAACCGAAAAUCAUCGUUAUACUAGUUGGCCUCCCAGCUCUGGGUAAGAGUACAGUUUGUAAGCAAAUACUGCAAUAUCUCAACCAAGGAGGUUGUCAUUCACAAAUCUAUAAUACUGGAGAUGUUCGUCGAAUAGAACAUAAAAAGACCAAUUCCUUUGAUAGUAGUGAUUACUUUGAUCCUACCAAUGCACAAGCUGCAGCUCAACGUGAUCAUUUUGCCCUUAUGGCCUUGGAUAAUCUUUUACUUGACUUGAGACUUAAUAGAAUCUCUUGUGGAUUUUUGGAUGCCACAAAUACAACCAGAGGAAGAAGAGAACUUUUAUUUAACAUUAUUGAAUCAUCUUUAACUAAAGUAGAUAAGGUGAUUUUAUUUGAUGUACAAAUAGAUUCUCAAAGACUUGUAAAUUAUAAUAUCAAUGGGAAGGCUUUUAACUCAGACUAUAAAGAUAAAGAAUAUAGUUAUUCCAUCAGUGACUUUAAGAAGAGAACUGAGCACUACCACCGGGCUUACCAACCCAUCACAGCAGAGGAACUCGCUGGAUAUGGUGGGUUACUCUCGGAGUACUUUCUCUUAAAAAACGCAGGUGAUGAAUACAAGAUGGUUGAUAUGAACACCGUCGCCGGUCAAGAGGAGAAAUCUGAAGACCCAGCAACAAGACUUAUGAAAGACUUUGUAUGCAACUACAAACAGGAACACGGGAAAGAAUAUCUUGAUGCAGUGGACUCCUUCUAUGGACAAAUAGAGGAGGAAGGAAAUUAAUAGGGGACUAUGGAUAUAGUCGGAAAUAAAAUAGAAAUUUAAGUUAGCACUAAGGGUUUUAUGAACCUAUCGUAGAAGGUAUUAUAAGAGAAGUAGACGUUGAAAAUACCUGUAGGUAAUGUAAAUGUUUCUAGUAAGGAUCCACAUAUAGUAUAAGCUUCUAUGCCAUUCAAUUGAAAUAUAUAAUAUGUAUUAGAUGUAUAUUUA